UCGACGGUCGCCUGGCCGAUCGUAGACCUUUAUCACUCGCAGUGCUCUGUGCUACGUGCUCUGUGCUGUGCGCAAUAUUCUAUAAGUGGCGUGCGGUGCGCAACUGUUGCUUCUCUCUCUCUAGCUCUUAUAUACGUCCCUCUGUGAGCAGACUCGGCGAUUAUUAUUCCAAUAUAUAUCUAUAUGUAUUUGUAUUUUAUCGCCGAUGGCUAAGUGCGCGAGAUUGUAAUCGAAUGUUCAGCUUCGCAGUUUCGCCUUUAACGAUUUUUCAAUAGCACACAAGACAAUCGCUUGCCUCCGAUAGAAAGAACGAGUUGGAAAAUUUAUAUUAAUGUAAUGCAUAUCUCUGUGCAGUGUAAGGACGACAUUAGUCAGGGAUGAAGUAAAGCACGUAGGAUGAUAAAAUUUCGAUUGUACUCAUACAGCUACGUCGCGGGGCUGCCACAGCGACAUCGUAGCCAUAAAAGUCAUCGUGAAGAAUUCAUUAAAACAGCAGCGAGGUGAUCCCUCCCACCUACCCACCUCCUCUUUACGUCCAUAUACGAGUACGUGAAAAUUGAGAUACACAGACAAGAUGACCGAUAAAACAAGUCAGCAGCAGCGUCAAAUGGACGAAUCAUCGGAUAAAUCGGUAAUAGAAGUUGGUCCGCCUAACACCAGUUCCGUAACUUGUUCGUCGGCCACUGCAACUUCGACACCCAACAGAUCUGCGGUCAGCAGGAAAAAUAGCAGUGGUGGCUUUUUAUGCAAAAAAGGCAUGCAAACAUCAUCUGCCUCAGAUAGGCUAAGCAUGAAAAGACCAAGUGAGCCCGAGACUGGAUACAUUUAUAGUCAAAGGGCCUUUAAAAAGUCAUCGCAGAACGGCAAGCUUACCUUGUAUUUAGCCAAUCGGGAUCUCAUUGUCACUGCCGGGAAAAUCGAUAAACUUCAAGGAGUUCUUUUAAUUGAUCCAGAAAUUCUUCAAGACAAAAAGGUUUACGGACAAGUGACGCUGACUUUCCGCUACGGCCGAGAAGACGAAGAAGUGAUGGGAUUGAAAUUUUUCAACGAAGCUAUAAUGGCGCUGGCUCAACUUUAUCCACCUUAUUAUUCGUCGGAUCGUCAAGAGCCCACGACGGCGUUCCAAGAAGUUCUAAUGAAACGAUUCCAUCCAAACGCGCAUCCGUUUACCAUAUCGGUGUCGCCGUACGCACCGCCUUCCGUUCAACUGAUCCCUGCCAAAGAGUACAACGGCGCGCCAAUUGGUACGAGAUACGACGUGCGGAUCUACGCUGCGGAAAAGCCGAACGAAAAAUUGACGCGAAAAAUGCAGGUCAUACGGAUGGGUAUAAGGAUCAUUCAAGGAGCAAACAAUGUGCCCCGCAACGUCGUUUACGGCAAAGCUUCGAAGCUGUUGCCGGGCGCAACAACGACUACGACGCCGGCUACGGGAACGACGAGUCGCUCACCCCUGCAGUAUUUCCGUACGAGAAGCAAAGACAACAACGAAAGCAGCAACGUUAGCGACGAGCAUGACGACGAGAUUAAGCUCGACGAUGCCGACGACGACGACGAGGAUGCGGAGCCGCCGAUACCGCAAGCAGAGGUGGAAAAGCAAUUCCUACUGAGCGACGGCCGAGUCAAGCUCGAAGCGAGCCUCGAUCGGGCGGUCUAUGCACACGGGGAGCCAAUCACUGUGCGCGUCAACGUCACGAAUAACAGCGGAAGAUCCGUUAAAAGGAUCAUGGUCGACAUUGUGCAACACGUGGACGUGUGCAUGUUCAGCAACGGCGAAUUCAAGAACAUCGUCGCGCAGGUGUCGACGCGCGACGGCUGCCCCGUCGAGCCGGGCUUCAGCCUCGAGCGCAGCUACGUACUCAGGCCCGAGAAGGGCCAGACCAAGAACUGGAUCGCCCUCGAGGACGACCCCGGUUAUCCCAAGUGCGACCCGAAUCUCGCCCCGACCGUCGUCUGCGCCGGCGACGCGCCCGAGGAUCGCAACGUUUUCGCCAUUUAUGUCUCGUAUUACGCAAAGGUCAAAGUCCUGGCUUGUGUGAAAAUCAUGGGCGACUGGAUCGGCAGCUUCGUUAGACUCAAGCUACCCUUCGUGCUGAUGCACAGCAAGAGCGAUCCGAUCUACACGAGCAACUUGGCAUCGGCGACGAUGGUCGGAGCCCCGGGCGCUGGUGCAGCCACUGACCUGGCUGCCAGUCCACCGCACACUCCCUCGAAGCGCACCCUCGACAAGAUCGAGACCGUCGACGAGCCCGAAGACGACGACAAUUAUCGCAGCCUGCCGUUCAUCGACGACAAGGACGUCGACACGAGCGACGAGGACGACAUGCAGUAUCGCAUCGACCCCGAGGACAAGAAGAGCGCCGAGAACGACGCGGCUUCGGGGCUAACGUUAAUCAACACGCCGAUACCCACGAGGCCGAAAAUGACCGUAGUCAAAUUGACGACGACGCCGAGCAUCGAGACGCCAAUCCCCAUAUCCUGCGCGCAGCAGCCGCUAACAUCGACCAUCCUCAAUACGUCUUCCUCCAGCUCGCACUUGGGCCGCAAGGACACGGCCAUAUCGAGACGCGAGAGCAUGUCGCGGGUCGACCUGAUCGAGCGCUUCGACAGCAACGACGGCGACGAGAGGAGUACCUGAGACCCGCUUGGCGCCGCAGCAGCAACCACAACAGCGACAUCGGGGACAACGACGACCGAGGCCAUCGUCUACAUCAGCGGCACGAGUCGCGGUGUCAAGGCGACCAAGCAGCAGCACCAGCUGGCGAAAAACCUCAAUCUGCCGCUGCUGACCGGUAACUCGGCGGCUGCGGUGGCCACGGCGGCUGCUGCUGCCUCGGCUGCCCAGAACAGCUGCAAGCAUCAUCAUCACCACGGCUUCAGCAUACAACGGGCCUGGUGCUGCUUCAGACGCGCCUCGUAGUGCUCUAUCUCCUAAGUCGUGUGCUGCCGUGCAGCAUUAUAAAUGAUAAUAGUUGUCGCGCCACCACUCGGCGAACUGUAAUUUAUGUGUUAGCAGCGACGUUUAUCGAUAUCAGUAUAUCAUUUAAACUAAUGAUAAUUAGACGAAAGAAAAGCGAAAAAAUUACCCUACCCUCAAGGGUGAGUAUCAAAUUAUAACUGUUGGUAGAAGUAUUUAUAUAUAUUAGUAUUGUAACAAGAUUGAUAAAGUAUUAUGUAUCCAUGUUGAUUUUCCACAAUACUUUGUUUGAGAUAAAGUUCAAGAAUAAUAAUUAUCAAAAGCUGCUUGAAAUAAAGAAUAUAAACAACAAAAUGUAAACUAUCAGUAGAGCUAACUGUCGUAAACUGGUGUGUCAUUUCAAUAUUUAACAACGAUUAUGCAUAUGAUACGUUUAAUUGUUUUACGUAUACAAUCAUUGUAAAAUUGUAAAUACCUUUAUUUUUAUGUGGGCAAAGCAUUCAUGGUCAGUUAUCUUUUCCAUUAACAGAAGAUAAUAAUUCAUAAAUAAAUACAGUUCCUUAAAACUGAUUGAAUACUUUGUUAUUGUCAAAACUACAUAUCAUCCAAGUAGAAGGUAAACAUUUUGAUACUGGAUGACUAUUAGAUAAUAGUAAAGUAAUUGAAUAAGUUUAUAUUUUUCACACUCUAAAAUUUUUUUAAAUAAAAUUUUCAAUAUUUAAAAGUUAUCAUACUACUGCAGAAAACAAUAUCGAUAGAUAACAAUUAUAAUUGAUCAAAAGUGCACUAAACUCAGAAUCAUUUUUUGACAAUUGGAAAAAAUAAUUACUGCCAUUAUGCGUUUGAUUUACAACCUUCCCAUGAAUUUUAAUAAAAACUAGGAUUAAAAUAUAUGAAUGCUAAAUUAUUAUACAACUGUAUGUAUAUAGCCUAAGAAAUGUGAAAUGUAACUCUUUGGUAAUCAAUUACUUUAAUUUUACUUCAUGUCAUAACUGUAAAAUGUUUGUCAAUUGUUCAUUUAUAUGAAUAAACAGUGUAUCAUUUGAAGA